AUGGGGCAUCUUCACGUGCGCUACCGCAAGGCACCGUCGGGUCUGAUGGGCAACCUCCCGGACCUCCCCCUGCAGUGGUUCACCGUAUUCGCUCAGAGAUUUGAGGAGCGAUUCUCCCUCUUGGAAGAAAAGAUUGAGACCCUGCUAGUGAGAAGAAUGACAGAGUUUGAAUCCAAGCUGGAUGAAAACAUUAAGAAAACUACUGCUUGUUCUAUUCAACUCGAUGAAGUAGUGGGUCAGAUAAUAUUAGCUCAAAUGCAAGAGGAUUUGUCUGCUCAGAAAAAGAUUCUACUCCCUGCCUGGAGACAGAUCCAAGAUGUCUCCAAUACUGUACAACUUACGGAGGAGAAACUGAUGCGAGAAGUCCAUCAACACUUUGAUUUUCUCAGGAGAAAAUUAUUCCGAAGGGAGAAAGAGGUCACAGGUCAUCUCAAGUCACUCACAUCUGGAAAAGUUGUUGUACUGCACAAACAAUGCAGGAGAAUAGGUGAGCUGAUGGACAGAGUGGAGCAGCUCAAAAUGGCUUGCCAAUCUUUCAUCUCUGGCCCAGAUUAUGAGGUUGUGCUCAAAAUGGAAUCUUUGAAGCAUGAUGUAGACUCCUUCAUCGCAGAGCUACCCAAUCAUGACUUGAGUCCUUGUGCAAGGAAUAAUCUUGUGUGUGACCUGCCUCAAGAGUUGCAAAAGGCCAUAGCAGCUCAUGGUGCCGUGAUUGAAUGCCAGGAUCCAGAGCGAUUAGAAGACCCUAAGACAACUGAACCAUCAGGGGCUAGCAUACAGGAUCAGGAACAGUCCCAACCAGUUACAGAGACCAGCUACUCUGGAGCUAGUGGGGAUGAGGCUGAGGUAGUUGGUGCCCGAUUGCAGGGCACCGAGAUAGCCACUCCUCCCACCCAGAGAAUCAGACAUUCCUCAACCAGACCAAGGCAAAGACUCCAGAGACCUGACGUCAUCAUCUUUGACAGUGUAGGAGACCUUGAUGAGAUCGAUCCAUCCGUAUGUCAAGUGCGCCCUCUAUGCCAAUGCCAUGGUGAUGGCAGUCGCGGGAGAUGCGACUUGUUUGUGCACAGCGGCAGACGCAGACUGGGAGAACGAGAUACAAGCCAAAAUGAAGAGGACACCUUUCAAGACGUGAGUGAUGCGAGCUCUGACACUUCCUCUUCCUCAGCUGCUAGCCCUGACUUCAGCGACAUCAGCGAUCUGGAGCUUGACCUUCCACUGCGGACGGCCUGGUCAAACCGUGGAGGCUGGUCAUCACCGAAUGUCAACCCCUCGCCAUCAUGUCAGGAAGGAGAGAGAGAUAUGACAGCGGGAGAGACGCCGGUCAGGGUAUCCGUUAGGGAGGUCGUUGCUGAGAUGGAGAGAGGACAGAAUUCUGGGGAAGCUGCAGAGGGUGGAGCCGUUGGAGGACAGGCUCAGGACACCAACUUGUCUUCUGAUGAAGUGGUACCAAGAAAUCCUGAAAGAAGCCAAGAUGGUGCUGCAGACACAGGAUGUAUACUGACCUCUAAUGGCCAUGUUCAUCCAAGAUCAAAUGUGGAACCAAAAUGCUCAGUUUUCAACUGCUCAUCUCAGGCAGCCACUGCUGUUUACGUCCGUUGUAAGCACUGCAACAGAAUCUUCUGUCAGAGCUGUGUCCAUCAUUCCUCAAGCGCUCGUCGUUGCUACAAACGUCCUCGUGGUCAUAGCUUUGUUCUCAUCCCGCAUUCUUCAUCUCAAGCCCACUCGUCCUCCAACAACAACAACAGCAACUGUGAUGCCCCUUCGGCGGUCGUUUCUCGGGGAAGUCACCGACAUAGAAGGCAUCACCACCCUGGCUACCAUCACCACCAUCAUCAUCAUGCUGGUAGUCGGCAUCAUCAGCAUCACUCCUCAUCUCGACGUCACCAUCAUCAUCAGCACUCGUCACAUCACCAUGACAACCCGGAAUACCCCCAGCAUCAGCACCUGCGGAGAGACUUCCGUCGUAGCAGGAGUAGAGGUCAGCAUAGGUCGGGAGGUCAACAGGAGUUUGAAGAUGGUCAUGUCAGAGUGCAGAGGGAAGGGAAUCAUUCUCGAGCAAUGGAAAGAUUCUUUGAAGAUCUGAUCAUCUAAAUGCUCCUUCAAUUUAAAGGCGAAUUAUGUAAUAGGAGAUGAGUUUUUUUUAUAGACACUUUGAAGAAUGAAGAUGAAGUCUUAUUUUCAUCUGAACAUAUUAUUCCAUUAUUGUUUUGCUUGUUUGUCAUUUAUUUCAUUUAUUCAAUCAUCUAUUUAUUUCUAUUUUCAUUUAUUUAUAUAUUCAUUUAUCAAUCCAUUAUAUUUUUAUUUAAAAUUCAACAGGACAGUUCUAUCAGGGUAUGAAGUACUGCUAUAUUUGAGGCCUUGUAUAACAUAUGAAAGACUUUAAGGCCACCGCACACCUUACAACUGGUCGUGAUCCGAUUUCGGAACAAAUCACAUUUGGCUCAUUUUCUGAAAAUGUGAAUGGAACAUAUCAUUUUAUUUGAGUUUAAAAUUAAUUGAAAGAGUAAAGGCCAAUUCAGUUUCGAAUCGUAGCCAAUCGUACAACUGCUAUGACGUCAUUACGACUAGAUAUUAAAUUUGCCUUUAUUCUAAGAAGGAUGAUAGCAUAUUCACAGAUUUGAGCAUAGGUAUUCGUGUGAUGAUUGAGAACAUUACACAGUAAGAUAUUCCAUGUCUCAAUAUUAGCAUAAAAUUCUACUACGUUUUAUUCCAAAAUCGGGUCGUGGACUAAUCGUAAGGUGUGCGGUCGCCUUUACAUGAAAACCUCAUACAAACUGGAUACUAUUUAGUGAUUAUUGGUAAACAACAAAGCUUUAUCAUAUGGAGUACUGUAAAAUGAAUUGACAUUGAUUGCAUUCAGGGACAAGCCACAUGGGUAAAUCAUGAGUUCAUCUAUGUAUACUCUAACUAUUUUGAUUGGGUUCAUUUCUUUGUAUUCAAAAAUGCAAAAUGAAUAUUACACAAUAAACCCAAAAGCAAAACUGAAAUGAAAUUUGAAAGUAUUCAUCUGCUAUCAUCAAAAGAUUCAGAAUUAUACCACUGAACAUUUAAGAUUCAGUGUAGAUCUUAUGUAGUCUCACAAUAAUGACGACGAAUUUCUAGGUCAAGAGAGUUGACCAUGUUAUUUCAAUCAAGUGUGUUUAAAAGACGACCUGUCUGCAAAGAAUUCAUUUUGGACCAUGAAUAUGGACCCAAUCCGCAAAGACCAGUGUCCUUUUAAGACUUUAAUAUCUCCUUGUCUCUUUUAUAGAUUUCUUUUUAUAUGCUCCAGAGCUUGGGUCUUGGUCCCAAAAAAAAAUCAGUUUUUAUAGAAUUUUUUUUACAUAUGUUAUAAUAAUAAUGGCAUAUUUACCAGGGUAGCCAUUUCAAUUUUGAAAACUUCUCCCAGCCUAUUAAUAUUAUCCGGCUAAGCUAGGCUAUCGAUAUUGGCUACCGAUGAAAGAAUAUACGUGAUAAGGAACACAAUAAUUUCAGUAACGAUAAAAUAAGUGAUGCAGCUUUGUAUCUCGGUUAGGCAAGCACUGACAUUUCCCUCUUAGUUCCACCCAUGCCUUAAUUUGGUUUGUCAUAACCAUUGGCACCUUAACACCCCCACCCCCCUUUCAGUUAAAUUAUAAGUUAUGUCAUACCUACAUGUACUCUAUUUAUUCUGAUUAACAAUUUAUAAUCUCUAAGACAAAAUUUUUGUCCUAGCUUUACUCAUUUUGUAAGUGUACUUAAAUUUCUUAUACUAUAUGCAAACCCUUCCUACGCAAGAAGACAGAUCAUGAAUAGAAUAU